AUGACGAAGCAUUCUGGUUCUUCCAUGCACAGAGUCCCUUCAACGGGCGCUGUCGAGCAUGGCUAUCCGAGCGGGCACCUUGGCCACCUAACCGAGCAUGAAGAGCAAGCUUUAGUAGAGUUCAAAACACUUCUAGAAGAGAAGGACCUAUAUAAGCCGGGUAAUCCGCCGUCUCACGACGAUCCCACACUUCUCCGAUACCUCCGAGCGAGAAAAUGGGUUCCAGCGGACGCUUUCGUGCAGUUCAGCGACACCGAGAAAUUCCGUAGCGCAAACCAGAUCGAUGUCCUCUAUGAUACGAUCGAUAUCGAUUCGUUUGAAGCGACAAGAAAGCUUUAUCCUCGAUUUACCGGGCGACGUGAUAAGCGAGGUAUCCCUAUUUACGUGUUCCAAAUCCGACAUCUCGAUUCCCACGCGGUAUCCAAGUAUGAAAAGUCGACCGAAACGACCUAUAGCAGGGCGAAGACGGAUGGCAAGACGCAACCCAAGCUACUACAGUUGUUUGCGCUGUACGAGAACUUGACGAGAUUUGUCCAACCGUUAGCCUCCGAGUGUAUCGACCGCCCACACCCUGCUACCCCGAUCACCCUCAGUACCAAUAUCGUGGAUAUUUCCCACGUUAGUUUGCGCAUGUUCUGGAACUUGAAGAGCCAUAUGCAGGCGGCAAGCCAGUUAGCAACCGCACACUAUCCCGAAACUCUUGACCGUAUUUUCAUCAUUGGCGCUCCAAUGUUCUUCUCGACAGUAUGGGGUUGGAUCAAACGCUGGUUUGACCCUGUAACAGUAUCUAAGAUAUUUAUCCUUCAAGAACACGACAUCCUGCCCGUUUUAACGAGUUUCAUGCAUAUGAAAGAUAUCCCAAAGAAUUAUGGCGGCGAAUUAGAGUGGGACUUCUUCGACGAGCCAGCUUGGGACGACGAGAUUAAGCGAGUAUGCGAAUGGGAAAACGGUUAUACUAGUUUCCCUACGGGACCCUUGUACUGGCGACCAAUUGAUGACGGUAAACGACUUGAGUGCGUUGCUGUAGGCAGCAAGGGAGAGACCGAUCGAAGAGAACGUGUUUGCACUAUCACGAGAGCUUACCCGCCUAAGCUUUCCGAAGACACUUUAGUUUCUACUACCGUAUCUCAGACCGACGACGUAACCGAAGGUGGGGAAAGCUUCGUGACGCCUACUGAGAAACCCAUUCUGACCGGCGAAGUUCCAACCGCGAACAUAGCAGCGCUAUCCAUCGCCGAGGGCGAUAAGUAA